UUGGUUCUGCUAUUGUUUCCAUCGGUCCCAGUGUGAAUAGCACAUCUAACUCAUCUGGGUCAAAAUCCACUGGUAACACUUGCAAUGAAAGACCGGAAGUUGUUAAAAUUUGCCCCACAACAGAUAAUUCCGCUACAAACGAAAACAUAAGUCCAAAGACUUCAGUACUAACAUAUCUCGAAAAUCAUUAUAAUACGAAUGUUGGUCGUUCUAGCCUUUUUGGUAACUCAGCCAUCAAAUGUCCGUCUGCAUCUCGAAGUCCUGCUAGUAAAUAUAGUUCAACAGGUAUAAAAGCAGCUUCUGACGGGAUUAGCACCUGUGUCAAUGUUGACAAUACACGUAAUCGCCGUUUAGGUCGGGUACGCGAGCCACUGGGGCCUGUGUUUUUGUUUUCGAAUAUCUUUGCAAAUUCAUCUUGUUUCCGUGACAUUGAUGUGAAUGAGUACAUUGCUAACCGCAUGAAAAUAUACCACGGGACGAUGAGUCCACAGAGAGAAAGAUUUGCAAACUCGGAAACUUCUACUUCGAAGUUACUUCUAUCCCUCUAUCGACAUCUACUGAAUACUCCCCAAGAUGACUUGGAUCUGUCUUCUGGUAUCUUGCCUGAAAACGAAAUAAACUAUGCUGUCGACCGAGUAGUGCAAAAAUUCAAUCAAGCUAAGGAAAUCGAGAGAUGGAAAAAUGAUUCAAAACUCGAUGAAGAUCCCAGGACCUCAACAAGCAUCAUCACGAAUUUUAUAGGAAACAAUAUCAAGUACGAAGACAUUGAGUUUCGCAGUAUCAUUGGUAAGGGAGCUUUUGGUGAGGUUUAUAUCGCCAAGUACUUAGGGUCCAUAAUCGCCGUCAAAAAACUGCACAUCCAACGCGUCUCUAAAAAAAUGCUAAGAAAAUUCAACGAAGAGGUCACAGUUUUGUCUGCAUUGAAUCACCCCGACAUAGUAAAGUUUAUUGGAGCUUGCGUAGUUUCGCCUAACUUGUGCAUCUGUAUGGAGUACUUAAAAAUGAGUCUCCAUGAAGCCUUGCAUAUGCAAGAAGUUGGUUUCUCCGAGUCCCAAAAGUUUUCGAUGAUUUGUCAUGUCGCUCUCGGCCUUGAGUACCUCCACUCGCAGGACGUUGCUCACUGUGACAUCAAAUCCCAAAAUGUCAUGAUUGACUUCGACGUAAUUUCUAUGGACGAUUCAUUGACUGCUAAGCUGACCGACUUUGGCCUUUCUAUGAUGAAGAAUAAUUCUGAGUCAAUAUCAUCUUCUAGUGAAUUUCGUGGCCAUAUCGGUACUCCUCGAUACAGCGCACCAGAAGUCUUACGAGGCGAAAUGCUCAACAUUCCUGCAUGGAUGGCGGCAGAUGUUUAUUCACUAUCUUUGGUUGUAUUUGAAAUCGUAUGUGGUGAGGAACCGUUCGAUACUUUGAGCGUCUAUCAACUGAGGAAGGAAGUUGGAGAAAAAUGUUUAACCCCACAAGUCAGCGAAGAUCUGCAUGUAGAAACUUGGCUGCAGCAACUUUUGUGUUCGUGCUGGAGUAGAGAUCCCUUGCAACGGCCAUCUGCAGCCGGCAUUAAUGCUUCAUUAGCUGGCAAAAGAAAUAUUUACUGUCAGAAUUAGGAACUUCUCGAAUUUCUCGUUGCUCUUGAGUUUCGUUUUUGGGUAGUAGGAGCUUUAUUAUAUACAAAAA